UGGCCGGGCGGGGCUAUGGCAAUGCUGCGAGGUGGGUCGGAGGUGGCUCCGACCCUCAGAGAAGCGACGCGGCGGGGAGGUGCGGAGACGGGCUCCUUGGGGCCGACCUCUACGAGCGGCAGUGGCGGCAGUGGGGUCCAUGGGGCCGAGCUCCGCACCAUGGAUCUAGUCAUGCCGAGGGCACCCCCUCCCCCCGUUGCGGUGCCGCUCGCCGUCGAGAAGGGGGAUCGACAGCUGUGCCUGAUGCACAGGCGCGAGGCUGCCACCGAGGCGAAGAAGCUGCUGCGGAGCACGGGCAAGGCGGCCUGGAUCGCGGGCACCACCUUCCUGGGGCUGGUGGUGCCGCUCAUCAUCGAGAUGGAUCGGGAGCAGCAGCUCAACGACCUUGAGCUGCAGCAGCAGACGCUCCUCGGAGGCCCGCCGGCGCCCAUCAAGUAGAUUAGAUUAGCAUCCUCCGCCGCCGCCGCCGCCCCUUGUGGUGCCUGCCUGCGCCUUUAUUAUUUGCUUACUACUACUAGCACUCUAUUAUAUUACUGCUGCCAUGCUCAAGUAGUUUCAGUUGAGAGGGAGGGGGGAUGCAGUCGUCUUCGGU